AGAACGGGUGAUUUGGUGGGCGCAGUUUAAGGCAGUAUUAAUUCUUUGUUAUGUGUCAUUUAAUUAUCUUCCUGAAUCCUGUUUUGUUCAUCAUUUGCGAACUUUGUUGCUGCGAGUUGCGGGGCGCUAACUUGUGGGAUUAGUUUGCAUGCAACCCGUCGGCGGAGGCUCACUGUGGUGGGAUGGGCUGUGAGGUGUUCAAGAUGGCGGCGCCCUGUGGAGUGGAGCUACUCUAACAGAGGUGCCUGGAGACUGUGUUGGUGGGUGGCCCCAGGAGUCCUCCAGGCAGCCAGGGACAGACACCGUGACAGAGACCCUGCCUCCCUCCCCCCAGCACUGCCACCACCAUGGCCAGGGAGCAGCUCAACAUGGGGGAGCUCCUACCGCUCCUGGAAACCUCCGACCUCCACCAGCUAGAAGAGAUCCGAGGCCUUAUCAAUGAGCAGCUGAGCACUGAGCGAGGAUCUAUGCUGCUCAACGUGCUGGUGGACUACUUCUUGGAAACAAACUCUACCCAAACCAUCCAUAUCCUCUCCUCUGUCAGAGAGCCACACGAUAAGCACCUUCUUGACAAGAUGAAUGAGUGUAUGACCAAACAGGCUUGCCGACUGCCCACCCUCACCCUGCUUGGCCACGUUAUCCGCAAGCAGCCGUCCUGGAUCCACAAGAUCGCUCGAUACCCUCUGCUGCUCUCGCUGCUCAAAUGCCUAAAGACGGACACAGACGUUGUGGUGCUGAUAACCGGCGUGCUGGUGCUGAUCACCCUGCUGCCCAUGAUACCUCAAGCUGGCAAACAACACCUUUGGGAGUAUUUUGACAUUUUUGGUCGACUGGCUUCCUGGAACCUUAAGAAUCCUGGACAUGUGUCAGAGGUCUACCUGAUCCACCUGCACGCCAGCGUCUACUCCCUCUUCCAUCGUCUCUAUGGCAUGUACCCGUGCAACUUUGUGUCCUACCUACGAUCCCACUACAGCAUGAAGGAGAACAUGGAAACAUUCGAGGAGGUCGUGAAGCCAAUGCUUGAACAUGUGCGUAUACACCCAGAACUGGUGACAGGAACAAAGGACCACGAACUCGAUCCGACCAGGUGGAAAAAGUUUGAAGUCCACGAUAUCGUAAUUGAAUGUGCCAAAGUGUCUCUAGACCCAAAGGAGGCUUCCUGUGAGGAGGGGUAUGCCACCAUGCCUGAGAACGUUUACCCCCAAAUCCACGUGCGACCUCAAGACUGCACUUCCAGCCCCUACGCAGACCUCCAGAGCAGCUAUGGCAGCUCAUCUUCGACCCCAUUCUCGACUCCCCGGCAGCCGCUCCCCCCGCCCUUGUCCUUGCCUCCCUUCUCAGGGACACAGUCCUCCUACCGCAGCCCACAGACCUCCAGACGCCAGAACUCCACCUGUGAACUCAACUCUUCCUGUGGGGCGAAGGACCCUCUGUGGAGCCCCUCCUCCCUGUGUGGCAUGGCCACGCCCCCUUCCUCCAGGGGCAUGUCACCCAACCUGGAGCUCUCCUAUAGUGCCUCACACCUUCCCAGCCGCUUCCCCUGCACAUCAGGAGGGAAAGGAACACCUGCCUCCAGCACCCCAGCCACAUCCUCUCCACCUCCCACGCUGUCAGACGACUUCCCCAUAGUCUCCUUACCAGCCUCCACAGUGCAGUCCAGCCCACCAAGAAAGGAUCGCCGACAUGGAGAAAACAGUAAGCCUGCACUGGUGAGACAGGAGCCAGUGAAAGAUACAGAGAAGAUCUCAGAAGUGACUGCAAAUAGAGGAGCUGCUGAGAACAUCUCCAUGACUUUGACAGAACUGUCUGUCUUCAUGGAGAAACAGGAGGAGGAGGAGAGGGCGCUUCAGCUGAGAACAGAGAAAGAACGGGAAGAGGCUGCUAUCACGGAGGAGCUGCUGAAGAUCACUGAGGAGAAGCCGGAGCUGUCUGCUCUGAGGGGCUUUGACUCUCCUUUCUAUCACACCACUGAAACACUGACUGGCAGUCAGAUACAAGACGAGACCAUCCCCAGCGCGCAGCCUGGUCCCGUCCAGGACACGCACAAUGUCUUAUCAACACCAGACAAAGCUGAGAUUGCUGCCGGCACCAGUGUUGCUGACGGUGAGAGAGGAGUGGGCGGUGCAGGAGGAGACAGCCUCGAGCAGUCCUGGUCCUUCCAGUCGUGUUUCACCCCCAUCGAUCACCACCUCCAUCGUAGCCCCUCCGCUCCGGAUGACGAGGUGGAAAAGUUUGGCAUGUUCUCCCCAAGCCCGUGUAGCAAGACCCCAGCUCCGGUGCCAUACGAGUCGUUCUUUGACCUGGCUCUGCCCAGGGCCGCCUCGCUCUUCAUGGGUCAGAAGACUUUGGAAGCGGUGCGCAAGGCAGCAUUGGAGAGGCUGUCUCAGCAGGAGGAGGGUCUGGAGGACGGAGAGGAGGAAGGCCUGGUGGCGGCUUCACCACUGGAGGUGCUGGAUCGCAUGGUUCAGCAGGGGAGCGACGCUCAUGACAAAGUUCUUAAGAGAUUACCUUUGCCAAGCAAGUCAGCUGACUGGACACACUUUGGAGGCUCGGCUCCGCUGGAUGAGCUCCACACGCUGCGCAGCCAGCUGCUCCUGCUCCACAACCAGCUGCUGUACGAGCGCUACAAGAGGGAGCAGCACGCCGUCCGCAACCGACGCCUCCUCCGACGCAUCAUCAACGCCACGGCGCUGGAGGAACAGAACAACGCCAUGAAAGACCAGUUGAACUUGCAGAGCGUGGACAUCUUGUCUCUGAGGGAGAGUCUGCAGGUGGAGCAGCAGCGCUACCGGCAGCUGUGGGACGACCGGGAGACGGUGGUGACCAAGCUGCACAGCCAGAUCCGGCAACUGCAGCAGAGCCGAGAUGAGCACUACACCAAGAACCAGGAGCUCCAGAUUAAGUUGCAGGAGAAUCAGAAAAGGAUGGAUGAACUGGAGGCAGAUCUUCAGAGGGCCAACAACAAAGUCUGUCACACUGGACACUUACUCAACCAGACGAGCAUUAAGUUGAGCAACAGUGAAAGCACCCAGCAGCAGAUGAGCUUCCUGAACAAGCAGCUGCUGCUCCUCGGGGAGGCGCAUAAGCUGUCCAUGCAGGAGGUGCACCACACGGGAGCUGAUAAUACCAAGGAGACGCAGAUGCUUCAGGAGUCCUAUGGCAAAGAGGUGGAGACGCUGAAGCAGAGCCUCCUGGUUCAGGGCCAGAAACUGGAGGCGGCGCAGCAGAGAGUCACUGAGCUGGAGACACACCUGUCCAAAAAGGAGCACCUCAUUGCAGAGCAGAAGAAGUUCCUUGAAGAUGUGAAGUGUCAAGCAAAGGCAGAGCUGCAGGCCUCAGACAGCAGGUAUCAGGCUCAGAGGAGAAUCACUCAGCUGCUGCAGACUGAGCUCCUGCAGCUCUACAGCAGGGUGGAGAUGGAGGCUCCAGCCAGCAGCAGCUCUGGCUCACCAGCAGGGGGCGGCGUUGACACACACACUUGUGCUGACGCCAGUAUCACGGUGCAAGAUGGACCAAGUAAAGCUCACACCAACGAGGAGAUGGGCAGCAGAGGCUCUCCUCAGGGCAACGGCAGCACUUUAUCGCCAGGGCAACCCAAGGUGAGCAACUCUUCCAAGUCGACAGCCAACUCGUUCAACGGCAGCCAGGACCUCGCCCCGCCCCUGCUGCUGGAGCCCUCUCUGUCCUGUCCAUUUGCCACCCCGCUCACGCCCCUGGCCCCCGCCGACGCCCCGCUCACUGUGGGCUCCUACCCCAGCGCCAAGAGCUUCCUGGGAAUGAGGGCGCGUGAGCUGUUCCGCAACAAGAGCGAGAGCCAGUGCGACGAGGAGCCGCCCCCGCCGCACCUGGCCGGCCUCGCCCACGUGCUGAAGACUGAGCUUUGCGUGGAGCCGCCGUGCACAGCGCUCACGGCCCCCGCCGGCCCCGUAUCUUCUCCCAUUCCAAGCUCGUCCCCGGCCCCAGCUGCCGCCCCCGCUCCUCUCACUGUGUUCACCAAGGAACCCCCACCUGAACGCAGGCAGCGGGCGUCCAGUCAGGAAAGCCCUCGCAGGAGGGCAGUGGCAGGACGCGGCCAGGCGGGGGCGACUCGCCUGCGGCAGCAGCAGCUCAAGAUCAUGGACUACAAUGAAACACAUCAUGAGCACAGUUAGAGACACAGAACUGAGCCGGACGCGGGGCGAGCUGGGAGAGGCUGAGGAUUAACAAUAGAGAAGAGCUACAAAUCAGCAAAAGAGUAACAUGUCAGCAAGUCUUCAGUGUUAUUUGUUCCAUUCCCAUGAGUGGACAACAGGAUUUCCCCUUUUCUCAUGUGUUCCCCUGAAGAAUUCAGAGUAAGGCUCUACUUAGGAAUAUUUUUAUAAACAGCAGAUGUAAUAAAUUUCCGAUGGAGGCGACCGACUAACGAGCCGAAUUACAAAAAUGCACAAUUUCCCAAAGAACAAACAAAAUAUUUAAAGAGCUUCACAACAAACGAAUUAACCGAGACAAUGGGAAAAUGUUUUAUUGCGUUGGAUCUGAGCGUCUUAGAGACAGUGUCACCAUCGGUUUCAGUCUGUAUCUGCUGGUUCCUGGGGACCGACCCUUUAUGUCCAAGUCAGUGUCAUCAGCUGGACGUGAGCUUGGCCAUCAUUCGUUUCCUUCAUUGUGUUGCGCUAAAGUGAUUUCAGAGGUGGAGGAGCUCAGAGAUCUUUGCUUUAUUCCAGGAGAACCUGGAAUGUGCCCUUUGAAUGAGUCGAAACCUUCCUUGUGUUUGGUCAAAAAGAAGCUGGCAAGGAAUGAGUUGGAUGUGAUGUGCUUCUCAUACAUCAGCAAACGAAAGGAGGAAAGUGUUUGAGGUUCAUGAAAUGGAAAAACCUAAACUUUUUAAUGAAUUCAACAGUUUGUCCCAGGUUUAUUUUUUAUCUUUUCCCAUAUGACGUACACACACACACACACACACACACACACACACACACACACACGCACACACACACACACACCUACAUAUCCUACACCAGAGACCACGUCAGGUCAGUCCAUGAAAACCCUCUUGUUUUUUAUUGCCAGCUGAUUUUGGAAGUGCCAUUAAAACGUAUUUGUUCUGGCUUUAUUCAGACAAAUAGACGUGUUGUUUCUGUUUAGGUGUGGUGUAAAGUGUGGGAAACCACGUUACCUGUCUAAUACUUUAUUUUCCUCGAGUCUGAUAAACGUCCUUACCUCCAUUAGCGUUGGCGUUAGAUCCUGUUGUCCACUGGGAACUCCUGCUGUCAUUUUCUUCUGCCUCGCUAUCUAAAGCAUGUUCAACAAUCCACUAAACGCCAGCUGUAACAAGACAGAAGGUACAAUCAGCACAAACUGAAGACACCGGGACUCGAAGCGAAGCUGGAUAUUCUGGGACAAAAUGGCAAAAAUGAAGUUUUAAAGCAGUGGCUUGUGUUUAACUGUGAACAAUAAAGAUCGUCUUUAAUGUUUUGCACUACAA